AUGGCGGCGCUAGGUCCGAACUUUGUCAAGCCUCUCGAAAACUUGCAGGUGACAGGAUGCAAACUAUUCAAAUCGUACACUUCUCUCUCCGUUCCGGUUUCUAUAUUCUUCUCCCCUGGAAACUGCCAGCCACUUGCGCGCCCGCGUAUCAGGACUGUCAGCGCUCGUUAUGAAGCCUACUUCCGCAGCCCUUCUGCUGGCCAUAGCGGAGCGGCUACACCGACUAGUACAGGCGCUGUGAGUCUAACAUCGGCUCUGGACCUGUUGGAGGGAGCACGCCAACGGUGGCCCGGUCAAUAUGGCAAUGCCACUGAUGAGCAGAUUGCGCAAAAGGAAAAAGAAUUCGGCGGCGAGCUCCAUCUGGACAAGGAGGGUAAUCGUGUUCCUAUUAGCUUCGGCAUGGAGGCGCUCUUGACGCUCUUUGAUGGAGCACCCGACGGCAUGUUCAUCUGGCCGCAUCUCCCUGACAAGGGGAAUCCGAUCACGGACUCCCCCCACGAUUUCAAGGACACCGAAUGCACGGGGCUGGCCGUCGACCCAUUUGAGGAGCGCCGCGCCUCGCGGCACCUCGAGUACAUGUGCAAUCGCUUUCAGCUGCCCAAUAACAGCCUCUACGCGAGCACGUCGGGCAAGACGACCAUCUACAUGUGCCCGUACAAGGACCUCCGCAACUGCAGCUUGCCCCUGUGGCGGGCGGCGAGCGAGCACCUGGACCGCCAGUGCGGCCGCGGCCGCUCGGGCUACGUGCACCUGCGCAAGCUGCGCAUCGGACGCGCCCCAGUCGACGGCGACCGCGUGAUUAUAUGCGAGGGGCUCCAUUACGCACCGCUGGACGAAUACCGGAUCAGCCAGAGGCCGGCGCUGGCGGAUGGCAUGCCGUAUGAGGAGUGGCGGAUCUUGAAUCGGAGGAAGCAGAUGAGGGAGGAACUUGUGCCCAAGGAUAUCAACGAGGGAAAUGAUGGUAAUCCGUAG